UAGUGUCUCUGCCCUUGGUUGAUGUGGGUAAUGUGCUGCUGUUUUUAUGUUAAUUCUGAAGGGUAUCAACCUGAUCAUGAUUCUAUUUAUGAAGCUGAAUUAUGCAUAAUUUAGGAUUAGAGGUCUAGUAGCUUUGACUGUGGACUAACUAUAAGCACAUGACUAAUAUCUUCUUUGGAUCAGGUGGCACGUAGGCUACUUUUGGGUAAUCAGGGAUGCUGAAGCAAUAUUUUUUUAUUUUAUCCCAUACUGGACAGUGGAAACGGAUUGUAGUUAAGGCAAACAUGAUCCCCAUCUUUUCAAGAAGAGGAGGAGAUGGAAAUAUCCGCUGAUUGCAUGUGGCCACUAAACAACAUGGGAAGUUAAGCAUCAUAAUGUUUAGUAACUUUCCAAUUAAUUGCCGUGUUUUAUUCAGCAGCCACAUGUGACCUAAUCAUUCUUCCUAAGAAAGAUAUAUCCUCUUGGAAGAAAGCAGCCCUAAUUGCUGCAAACUUCCUCCGAAAUUUGGUAGAUUCGUUGGUUUCCCAGUAUGGAUUCUAUACAUAGAGGCUUUAACAAAAACGGUAUUUUAAAGUAUAAAAGAAACUCUUUUGCGAUUGGGACAUUCCACUUACAUGUCUCUUCUUGGGUAAGCGAGAGGAAACUAAACCCUUCUUUGCUGAAAGUUCUCUGAUUUAUACAUGAUGUGCCACUAGAACUCGGAAACAAUCCAGACUCCAGAGUCUAGGCACAGACUACCUCUUUCUCUCUCUGUUCAGUUCAGAUACUUGUUGGGAAAAUGAUCAAAGGCAAAGCUGUUGAUUUUUGCUGUUCUUGGUCUUCAUAUUCACCCUUUCGCAAGCUAGAUCAAUCAUUCCUCUGCCACAGCCUUUCAGAUCCUUCACGAUCCACACUACCCAGAAUGCAAAUAGCUGCUCUUACGGUCAAGAAAACGACAAGCUGUUCUUCAACCCGGUAUACGCGAGACCAUAUCAGCCUUGCAUUUGGAGACGCUUAUGGCAAUCAGGUGUAUGCUCCCAGAAUAGAUAAUCCAUAAUCAGCAACAUUUGAGAGUUGCUCUACAGAUGCUUUUCAGAUGAAGGGGCCUUGCACAUAGCAGACUUGCUAUUUGUACCUCUACAGGAGUGGCUAUGAUGGCUGGAAGCCAAAGACAGUGACUAUUUAUGGGUACAACACCAGGUCUAUUACAUUUACCUACAACACUUUUAUUUCUAAUGGUGUUUGGUAUGGCUUUAGUGAUUGUAAUGGAGCCUUCUCGGCCUUCAUUUGUGAACAUUACAGACCGGCUUGUGUCAUUUUGUUUUGGGGUUUUGUACUGUAAGCACAGUGCUUUUCUCUCACAUGCUGUGCGGCCUGGUCUAUGCCAUAUUGUUGCUGGAAUUUUCUCAUUCAUUGCAGUGUGGUGCUCUUAGAAGGAAAAUUAUGGAUAUUCAAUCCAGAUGACCUUCAAAAAAUAUGUUCAAUGCAACCAACAAAAAGCAUAUAGAUUUGUUUAA